UUCAGUGUAAAAACAAAACUUUCUCCCUGCAUUGAGAGCACAAAAUUUCUCUGUUCAGAAAGAUGAAGGUGGUCAUCAUCACUUUUCUUCUCGUUUCUUUUCUCCUCAGCUCCUCCUUCGAGCCCACCGCCGCUGGUUCAAGCUUCUGCGACUCGAAAUGCGGGGCGAGGUGCGCGAAGGCAGCAGUGCAGGACAGGUGCUUGAAGUAUUGUGGAAUCUGCUGUGAGAAGUGUAAGUGCGUUCCUUCUGGAACUUACGGGAACAAACACGAGUGCCCUUGCUACAGGGACUUGAAGAACGCUAAGGGCAAGCCCAAGUGCCCGUAGAGCCAUCCAGCUGCUUUUCGUCGUGCAUUUUGGAUGUGAUUCUCUGUCCGCUUUGUGGAACAGUACUCUAAUGUUUCGGGACCCGGGAUAGGUUUAUGUCACAAUAUUAAUUAAUUUCUGUUAUUUAGCAGCCAUAGUCAGAGUAUAAUGUCUAAGGUAUAUGGAUUUUAGGCCAUGGAAAUUGGAAUAAAUGGGUCCUCUUGUUUGCUUAAUAUAUAUAUUGUACGUCCUCAAUAUCUUGCUUGUAAUGUUAUGUUGCUUUAUAAUGCAAAUUAAUAAUGUUUUUUUUCUCGU